AUGACAGAUGAUGAAAUUUCAUUCAACUUGACAACUGUUACACCCAAUAGCCGAGAUGUUCAUGCACAGACUACGCCAACAUUAACUAUGGCCAAUAAUAAAUGCAGAACUUCUAUGACAGACAAUUGUCGAAUUGUUGACACCGUUAGUAAAAACCCAAAUACGACAUCGGCGACAAUCAUUCAUGAUAUUAAAGCUAACUUAGAUCCUAUUAUUGAAUAUGCUCAAGAACCACUAUUACCACUUUUGAAAGCAUGCAUUCCACUCAAUAAUAUUGUUUACAAUUUAUCGGCGUACGUUGAAAUGGCUGUCAGCGAAACUCCGGAACAACCACCUGAUAGACUAACAAUUGAUGAAAGUGCUGCAAUUCGUCUCUAUACGAUGGAAUGGAAGCAUCCUCAUCGAAGUCUUUAUUCGAUGCUCAAUUGUACAUUGAAGCAAGACAAUCGUAAUCUCCUUCGUCCUUAUUUCAAAUAUCUGAAACUAUUUGUAACUGCUCUAGCCAAAUUGCCAUGUGUUCCACCAUUAACUAUUUGGAGAGGAGUAACCAAAGAUUUAAGUGCGAAUUUUCCACCUGGUACAUUGAUGACUUGGUGGUCAUUUUCAUCAUGUACAACUGAAUUAACUGUACUUGAAAAUAAUAUUUAUCUUGGUCAAACUGGUAAUCGAACAUUAUUUUCUGUAGAAUCUAUUAAUGGUCGAAAAAUACGUGCUCAUUCACAAUUCAUUAAUGAAGAUGAAAUUCUUCUUUUGCCAGGUACACAAAUGAUAGUUCAAUCACAAUUUAGUGCAGCAUCAGAUCUUCAUGUAAUUCAUUUGAAACAAGUUCUACCCACGAAAGUCUUAUUACAGCCACCAUUUGAAGGUGCACAUCUUUAUUCAAAAACACGUCAGUGGUAUGGAAAGAAAAAGUACAUUAUGCUAAUCUGUUUAUUGGCUAGUGUUUUGAUAGGAACAAUUAUUGUUGGCGCUAUUUUAGGAACAAAAACGAAAAAUAAUAAUUCCACAGUACCUGUGUGCAACAAUCCUUUUACUGCACCAAACGCUUACAAAAGCGGAAAAGAUUCCUAUUCUGCAACAAUGGGUCACUUCAGAAAUAACAAAGAAUUCGAUGUGGUAGUUCUUAGCUACGCAAGCAGCACCAUCCAUUUACUGCUUGGAGAUACAGCCGGAGCCUUUACGAUUAUAGGUACAAAGGCAGUUGGUAAAGGCCCACUUUCAGCAAUAUCAGCUGAUUUCAAUGCUGAUAACAGACAAGAUCUUGCAGUAGUCAACUCUUAUGAAAACACUACUAGCAUCUUGCUCGGCUUGGGAAACGGUCUGUUUCAGACUGCCAUACACUAUACAGUUGGCCGAAAUCCACUAGCAUUGAUAUCAGUUGAUCUUAACAAUGACAAUAAAUUAGAUUUGGUGUCGGCUAAUUCCAACGAUCAUACGAUCAGUGUUUUACUGGGGAAUGGCAACGGAAGCUUUCAAUCUGUAAUUAGUUAUAAAGUGGGCAACAGUCCACAAUCAUUAAUAUCGGCUGAUUUCAAUGAUGAUAGUCAAUUAGAUCUAGCAGUAGUCAGUUUUAAAAACACCAUUAGUGUUAUGUUAGGAUAUGCAAACGGAAGUUUUCAGUCUCCCAUAGACUUAAUGAUUGAUGGCUUUUUAGCAACAGUGAUAUCAGCUGACUUGAACAAUGAUAACAAAUUAGAUUUGAUAACAGGUGACACCGCUUAUAAUACUCUCAUCGUCAUUCUUGGUUAUGGGAAUGGAAGUUUCGAGUCGCCAAUUUAUCAUAAAGUUGAUUGUGGCCCAAAGUCAAUAUUAUCCGCAGAUUUCAACAACGAUCAUAAAUUAGAUCUAGCAAUGGUCAGCGACCGCAGUAACGACGUGAGUAUUUUACUGGGAUAUGCAAACGGAAGCUUUCACUCUCCAAUAAACCAUUGGGUCGGCGACAGUUCACAAUCACUGAUAUCUGGUGAUUUCAAUAAUGAUGAUAAAUUAGAUCUAGCGGUGGCCACCUCCGAUAACAACGCCAUCAAUGUUUUUCUAGGCUAUUCAAAUGGAAGCUUUCAGGCGCCAGUAAAGUAUACGGUUGGUACAUACCCGAAAUCGAUGGUAGCAGCUGAUUUCAACCAUGAUAACAAGUUAGAUCUGGUAGUCUCCAACUUUCUUGAUAAUUCUAUAAGCGUAUUAUUAGGAAAUGUAGAUGAAGGCUUUCGGUCUCCCAUGAACUGUAAAGUCGUUGAUCAUUCAACGUCAAUAUUAGCAGCUGAUUUCAAUCAUGAUAGCAAAUUAGAUCUGGUGGUGAUCAGCACCACUGAUGACACAAUCGGUGUGUUACUGGCUAAUGCGGAUGGAGACUUUCAAUCCCCGAUGACCUAUGCAGUUGGUAAAUGGCCUCAAGCACUGGCAGCAGCUGACUUUAACAAUGAUAAUAAAUUAGAUCUAGCCGUGGCUAAUGGUGCCGAUAAUACCAUUAGUAUCAUGCUAGGAUUUGGAAAUGGAAGCUUUCACACGCCAGUGAACUAUAUGGUUGGUGUAGCUCCAGAAUCAUUAGUAACAGGUGAUUUCAAUAAUGAUAAAAUAAUGGAUCUGGCAGUAGUCAACUCUCAUAACGAUAGUAUUAGUAUUUUACUUAGCAUAAAUAAACGUAGUUUCCAGUUGCGAAUGGACUACAGAGUUGGUAAACAGCCACAAUCAUUGACAUCCGGCGACUUUAACAAUGAUAACAUAUUGGAUUUAGUCGUAGCCAACUAUUACGAUGAUAACAUUAGCGUACUGUUUGGUUUAGACAAUGGACGCUUCCAACUUCCAGUAAACUAUAUGGUUGGUAAACGUCCAAGAGCAGUGAUCUCAGUUGAUUUCAAUAAUGAUAACAAAACAGAUCUAGCAGUAGCCAAUUUUGAUGACAAUACCAUCAGUGUUUUGCUCGGCUUGGGAAAUGGUAGCUUUCAUGUCGAAAAGAAAUAUAGAACUGGUGUUAAUCCUAAGGUGCUGAUGUUCGGCGAUCUGAAUAAUGACAAUAAAACAGAUUUGAUUGUGCUGAAUGAAAAGUCUUCGGAGUUGUUUGUUUUUCUCAAUACUUGUUGA